AAAAAAGUUUGGCCGCGAUCCAGAUUUUUUUUUUUGCAGCAGCUUUGGAACAGCUUUUCCAGCAGCCAGCCAAUUCCAGCACGCAAAACUGAAGUGAAUUCGCCGAUUUCACUCGAAUAUUUUGCAUUUUUUUGCAUAUCACAUAUUCCAGGAAAAUACAGAAUUACCCUGGCUGUGGUACAAUUCACCUGUUUAUCAUAAUCCAACCGACCAAUUGGCAGCAGCAUCAAAUACCCUUCUUUAUCAGAUCCCGGUCCAUAUAAUUUUCAAUCGAUAAGGAAAAAGGAAGAGAUUCCUCUUCCCCACGCGAACCAUCCUCGACCCUCUCUCUCUCUCUCUCCUUCCUUCCUCACGACAACCUCAGUACCCCUCCAAUCCCCUCCAAACAACACACAACGAAACCAUGUCUACCAAGAGGAAAGCGCUCUCCCUGGCCAAGCCGGUGGUCAAGCCCAGCGCCAAAGUCGCAACCAAGUCCAAGAUCGACGAGACAAGGACGGCCGUCUCGACCGGCCCAGCACCAAAGUCGACUACCACCAAGGCCGCCGCCCCAGAGACCAUUGAGAUUUCCAGCGACUCCUCCAGCCACUACAGCGACUCGGACAAUGAGGACGUGAACAGCGACAACGAGGAGGAGGCCGUCGACGCUGCUCCCGAGAAGAAGCAGACCACCACCACCACCACCGAGCCCACUGCCCAACAAGACCAAGAGAGCAACGACAACAACGACGACGAUGACGAUGCCUCCCCUACAUUCGGCGAUCUCGCCCGCGGCAACGCCACCAUCGACGUCGCCUCCGCUCUCGCCGCCCAACAAGAAGCUGCCGCCGCCGCUACCACCAAAAACAACAACACCAUCACGGUCCAGCGCCCCAACGGUAGCAGCACCACUACCAUCUCGGCCACCUCCCUCGGCACCGUGCUCAACCAAGCCCUGCGCACCGACGACUCGGACCUGCUCGAAUCGUGCCUGCAGACGUCCGACCCCAAGAUCAUCACCAACACCAUCACGCGCAUGGACUCGGCCCUCGCCGGCGUCUUGCUCUCCAAGCUCGCGGCCCGCAUGCAUCGUCGCCCCGGCCGCGCCUUUGGGCUGAUGAAGUGGAUCCAGACCACCCUCGUCGCGCACGGCGGGAGCUUGGUUGCGCAGCCUGAGGUGGUGGCGCGGCUGGGCGAGCUGAAUCGCGUGCUGGAGGAGCGGGCGAGGGGUCUCCCUGCGCUGUUGGCGCUCAAGGGAAAGCUGGAUAUGCUGGAUCAGCAGAUGCGGUGGAGGAAGUUUGUGAAGCAGGGUGGUGCGGCGAAGGAGGAGCAGCAGGAAGGAAAUGAAGAAGGAGAGGAGGAGGAGGAGGAGGAUGUUGAUGAGCCGGGUGUGGUGUAUGUGGAGGGUGAUGAGGAGGGUACUGCCAACGGUGCUGCCGCCGAGGAAGACUUUGCGCUUAUAGAUGUUGGUGCGGAUGGCGAGUCGGAUGAGGAGGAGGGUGAUGAGGAUGAGGAGGAUGAUAGUGAUGAGGAGGACGAUGAGGAGUUUGAUGAUGCGGAGAGCCUGGAUGAGGAUGAGGUUGAUCAUGAUGAUGUUGAGGAGAGCGGCGAUGAGGAUGAUGAGGAUGAGGAUGACGAGGAGGAGGAGGAGGAUGAUGAUGCGCCACCAGCCAAGGUGCAGAAGACGUCUAGCAAAUUCGCAAAGAGAAAGUAAAGACGGGACGGGACGGUAUGAAGGAUGUGGUGUAAAGGUAAAAUGCUGGUGAUGGGGCCAUGGCCGUUGUUGUCAUUUGUCACAUACAUAUCCCGUCAGGUUUCGCAUCCUUUGGGGUUAAGGAGUUUAUAAUCAUGUGUCCUUUUUCUGGUUUCUAUCUUGGUUUUUUUUGUGUGUAAUUUUGUUGUAGAAAAUGGGGGACUUUGAGUAACUGCUGUAGUGGUGUUGAACAUACAUACAUACAUACAUACCUUGGGUGAAAUAGUUGCUUGGUAAAUAUAGAC